GAUGCUGUUUUUUGGUGGGACGGGGAGAGCGAGGUGUCUCUUCACAUGUCGCUGCCUCCACUGACUUGGAAAAUAUUAGCUAGCUCAUGAAAUCAAGUGUCAGUAUUUGUUGGGGGGGAUUUGCAAUCAUUGGCUUCAUCUCUGUCGAUAGGGAAUGAACGACGAGACAACACCGGGCAGUUGCAAGAUAAACUCUGGGUGCUCCAGUAUUGAGCAAAUGCUGGCUGUGAACCCCGGCAAGACACCCAUCAGUCUGCUACAGGAGUAUGGAACGCGGAUAGGUAACACCCCAGUGUACGACCUGCUCAAGGCCGAGGGCCAGGCGCACCAACCCAACUUUACGUUCCGCGUGUCCGUGGGAGAGAUCAGCUGCACCGGCCAGGGGCCCAGCAAGAAGGCUGCCAAACACAAGGCAGCAGAGGCCGCCCUGAAGAUGAUGAAAGGAGGGCUAGGGGGACCAGUGGUGCUGGGAGAAGGAUUGGGAGAAGGGUUUAUUGGGGUGGAAGAGCCUUUGGAUGGGGACAGUUCUCCGUCAGAGAUGAAGACUUCAGGAAGCGGCACGUCUCAGCAGUCAGAAUGCAACCCUGUGGGAGCUCUGCAGGAGCUGGUGGUUCAGAAAGGCUGGCGCCUGCCAGAGUACACCGUGACCCAGGAGUCGGGUCCUGCCCACCGCAAGGAGUUCACCAUGACAUGCCGGGUYGAGAGAUUCGUUGAAAUUGGCAGCGGCACAUCGAAGAAGCUAGCCAAGCGWAACGCAGCAGCUAAGAUGUUGUCCAGGAUCCACGAUGUUCCUGUAGACCUGAGAAGCAGCCACGAGACUGAGCCUGAGGACGACACUUUUAUCAUGAACAUGGGCAGCAGGGUGGAGGCAGGGAAGUGUAAAGGUCUGGGCUGUACCUGGGACUCUCUGAGGAACUCUGCUGGGGAGAAGAUUCUGCAGCUGAGGAGCCACCCUCUGGGCAUGCCCAGCUCUGACUUCUGCUCUCUGCUACACGACCUCUCAGAGGAGCAGCGCUUUGACAUUAGCUACCUCGACAUAGAAGAGCACAGUCUGAGCGGACUGUGCCAGUGUCUGGUAGAGCUAUCCACUCAGCCAAUCACAGUGUGCCACGGCUUCGCACCCAAUCAGGACGCUGCCCGCGCCAGCGCAGCCCACAAUGCACUGCAGUACCUCAAAAUCAUGGCUGGGGGGAAGUGACCGUCUCCCAGACCGACCUCUCUCCAUGGCAACGACCUAGACCCUGAUCAUAUGACACAUCCACCUCGGAGGGCAUCUUCCAACCAAUGGUUAGGGGAAGUGACCAUUGAUUGACCCAGAAUUACCCAUGAUGUGGGAAUUGAGAUUUGUCCCCACACAUCGCUGUAGUCCUAUCUGGUCUGUUCAUUCCUAAAUGCCCCCUGAAGAUAUCCCACAUAGCCCUAGAUAAUUUGUCCCUAUGCCCUGAAGAUAUCCCACAUAGUCCUCGAUGUCCUCUUGAUUGGCUACACUGGCCAUUUAUUUGGAUGGUCAGUCACCCACCUGCUCUGCUGUUACGUGCCUAGAGAGAUACUCUGCAGAGAAAGGGCCAAAUACAUUUGACAACAACCCCCAUUUGACUGUAGCCUCUUUCUCUAGUUGCCACAUCUACAAUGAUUGACUUUGGUUGCCUUUUCAUUAGCUAGUACUUUGUCGUCAACCAAAAAUAUAUACCCCCCCCUGUUGAAGAAGUCUUGGCCUGAAUGAAGUCUAAUUUUGGACAUWGAAAAGUGGACAUUUAACGACAUGAGUUCUUAAAUUGGAGACUUGUGUACUUUUAUUGACAAGUUGACAAGAUCCAGCCCAUCUGUCUGUCUUGUCAUUUUUGUGUUUAGUAAUUUGCCUUUUAGAAGAGUCAUCUGAUAACUGUUAAAAGGUGUACAUUUUAAAUUAUGAUUGCUUAACAUCUGAAAUGCAAAAUGUUAUUUUGAGUUUUGGAAUUACAUUUAACAUUGUGUACUUUACCAUUGAAUUUCUUUCUUUGUCAGACCUCACAAAACCCUGUUUGAAAUUGUGAAUGGAUUACUGUGAUCUAAAAAUACACAUUUUAAGAUGUCAAAAGUGAAUCGCUGUUUGAGUAGCUGGUAGCUCUCGUAAAACCGUGUCAAUGGCCCUUCAAUUAAUUGAUAAUAUCACUUCCCUCAACUGUGGUUGUUCAUAAUGUCUGAAAUGGACCAUCUAAUUAGCCUGUGUGCCAGUCUGUUCAUGGUCUCUUACCCACUACUUAUGGAAUUGCAAUGUUAAACAAUGACAAUAGAGUAGGCCAAAAAGCACAAACAGAUCUGGGACCAGGCUAGCAUCUAAUUGAGAUGGAAUUGUAUCGCUGCAUUUAAUAUAGUAGAUCAUCUGAGUUGGAUUCUCCGGCUGACUAAUCUGCUCCUCAUCUACCUCCUGUUACACGCUAAUGGUAUAGCCYGAACUCUAUAUCCUCCCGUGUUUACUCCCACCACUUCAGAGAGUCAAGGUUUCAUAUGGGACGUUGAGUCAAGAAUAGUAUUGGUGUAAUGAGUGUCUGAAGUAUACUGGCUGUAGUAGGGUGACACUAGGUUGCUGCUACAUCUCAUGAUGAGCAAGCAGUGAGAGAAACGCAAUGUACCACACACCUCUGAUUUCAGAUUAGUUGGGUUAAAUGCGGAAGACCCAUUUCAGUUGUACAACUGACUAGGUAUCCUCUUAUUUCCCCUUUUCCAAUGUUUGACGAUUUUGUGGAAAGUGUUGUUGCCCAAAUACAUAGUCGAACUGAAACGUGGCCCAWCACGGUUUUGCUUUGUUCCUUUUUGAUUAAAAUACUUGAUUUCAGUGCAAAUAAAUGUUUAUUGAAAUCA